GAUAUCACUUGGUCUCUUCUUUUUUACUUGGGAUUCCUUACUCAUGGUCCAGAAAAGGACGUCUACGCAUUCCAAAUGAUAUUAUCAAAGAAGAAGUAUUUGAUGGGUCCAGCAUUUAAUGCGUUUGUCAAACUUUUAGAGGUUUUUUUACAAAAAAGAACACUAAGGUCACUACAAACAGCAAACGAAAAUGUACUUCAGGGUCCCCGACAGAUCUUAAAGACAAAGAACGAUCAAAGCUUUGAGGAUGCACCCAAAAAAAUAAUCGCUAAAAGUGGGUACCAUAGUGAUGAAGUAUCUGAAACAGAUGAAAAAAAAGAAGCAACAUCCCCUCGACGACGACUGACACAACCAUGUUGUAAAGGUAGCAAAGAAAGACCAUCGGUUACGAUUAAUUUGAUGAAUUGUAACGACGAGGCAAUCAUCAAAGAGGAUGGGAUUAUUGUUGAAGGAUCUUUCUAG